CGCCUAUUGUUCUCUACUCUCCUGGGCGGCAUUUUGCGCUUUGUUCAUUGCUGUACUACGCCUUUUCUUUGUUCCUUUAUCAUUCUUUUUGAGCCCGCGGUGAACUACUCGCAAGCACACCAACGGACCAACGCAGCACAUCCGAGGCUUUCUUGGUUAGAUAGUGUGUGCAACACACGUCAGUACGCGGGCAUCUGAGCACUUAGCGUCGCCGACGCAUUUCUUGCUUCGUUGGCCAACGUACUACAUGCAAGUGUGCUGGCUUCUUGGCACAUAGCAUGGCCUUUCGCCAGUGCAUACUGUAAGUUGCCCACUCUCUCUCUGGCUUCUCAGUAGAACCGUGAGUAGUAGUUGGACUUGAUUAGUCCAUGCAGGCGGCAGCUAUCAGCAUUUGAUGGUUUAGUAAGUGGAGCGACUUGUAUAUCGAGUACGCUGUCAUCUCUAGUGCUUGGGGGCACGACAAUGAGUGCGUAACGUGGGCUUCUCAGCUUUGUACUCGAAACUACGUUGGCAUCGCUAGUGCUUGGCCUCGACAUAGAUGAAUGAAUUAAUUAGCACAUUGACAUCGAUUUAGUGUGAACGACAUUGCUCGUUUUGAGCACGUUGUCAUCUUCAGUGCUUGUUUGCAUGUAAUAGAUGAGUGACAGGCAGUGGCCAAGUUCCGUCCGAAAGCGUAAUUCUAUCACAUUGAAUGAUUUCUUGUACCCUUUUGCAUAUUCUACGUACUCAAAUGAAAACGCCGCCCGCGGCCCACGUGUUCUUCAGUGCUUGCUUGGCAUGACAUCUACUCAAUAAGUACGUAACGUAGGCGUCGCAGGUUAGCAGUACAUGUACAGUGCCAUCGGUAAUGUUUGGCCUGGCCGUCGUGGUGCAACUAGCACUGCACGUCGUUUGGUAAGUCCUUUUGGACGUUGUCGUCGUCGUGCUACGUCCUGCUGACUAGCUUAGGGGAGACAGAAAAGAUAAUGAUCAGUAGUCAGAAGCAGUGUUAUGCGAUCAAAUCGGAUGCGAUCCCUACCCCCUUGCAUGAUCGGAUAAAAGCAAUCGAACCCCUCCCCUUCUCCCCUUCUCCCCUCUUAUUGGCCGACUUUGUACGCCAUUCCAUCGGCACGGGCUCAACCGGCUCGAUUGCUCGAUCAUUCAAUUGUGUGCCAGCCGGCAUCUUAGCCGGUAACCGCAGACCAGAUCACAUCUCUCACGUUGUUCCACGUGUCACACACUCCUGAUACGCAAUCGAAUGCCCUUUCUUGUCUCCUCUCCAUCGACUACUUUACCAGUCUGUACGAUCGGAGAGGGAAAGAGGGCGAGAGCAGCGGAAGGCACGUGCGGCGUGUGUGUGUGUGUGUGGGCGCGUGAGAGAGAGAGAGAGAGAGAGAGAGAGAGAGAGAGAGAGAGAGAGAGAGAGAGAUGAAGCAGUCGGGGCUUUCCUGCUCGACGAAGAUGGCGAACGGCGGCGGCAGCGGAUCGUGGUACCCAUCUCCGACAGGGAGACAGCCGCCUGUCCCAGGAUGGCGUUCUAGUCCGACGAUGAUCAUUGCCAUUCUUGCGUGCUUGAGCGUGGCUAAUUUCUACUUGAGCGUAUCUCACGCCCCUAGCCUUGGAGGUUACCAAACCCGACAGCCCUCCCAAGGGCUGCUGGAGGUUUCCGUACAAGGGGGAGGAGGGGGAGGGACAGCCGCCGCCGCCGCAGCAGGAGCAGCUGGAGGACGAGGAGAAGCCGGAGUCGCAGUCGAUCAAGCGCACUCAUUGCGCUCUGAAAACUCUUCUUCUUCUUCCUCCUCGUUGUCCUCUGUUUUCUCCUUGUCUUCUUCUCUGUCUUCGUUAGCCAAGUUCUCUUCUUCUUCAUUGAAAUGCAUCAACGGCCAGUGCGGCGGCUAUGGCGUCCUGGGCCGAUCAGGCGGACGAGGCGAGGGCACCCGCCCUUCCAGAUCGACGCUUAGCACGCGUCGUCUGGAGCCCACUUUGACAAUCUGGACCGUUCUUCGCGAUCUCGUGAACGCCACUCUUACCUCCUCCGGGCAAGCGGACGCUAGGGCUUGGCUGGAAACCAUCGGCACGUACAACUCCAUCUUGAGCUGGAUCGCGCUCGGUCCUGGAGUGCGGGUCAUCUUGUUCGGUCGGCCCGACGUGUGUGCUUUCGUCAACCGAGAGGUUAGACCAGCUCUUCGACGGCUCUCCAAGAAACACUCCAGCGAGGACGUCCAGCAUGGGGCAGGUGCCGAUCCCGCCGCAGCUGCAGGUGAAGUAGAAGACGACGGGGGCGAACAAGAACAAGAAGAUGUCCAAGCUCGUCUGCAGUGCCUGGACAUCCCCUGCAUCUCACCGGAAUACGACGUUCCUUCUUAUGAUUGUCUGUACGAGACAGCUGAGAGGGAAUCUACCACGCCGUACAUUAUGUACAGCAACUCCGAUAUGAUCUACUUCCACGAUCUCUUGACCGCCCUGGACUCAGUGGUGGGUCAUAUGGCUCUAGUCUCCAGCGAUGGCGGUGGUGUCCCCCUCACCACCGAAGGCAAUGGCGUAGCAGAUGGGGUACGAGGAGGAAGAGCGGCAGCAGGAGGAGGAGGAGGAGGAGGAGGAAUUGGGGUAGGUCGUGAUGGUGGAGAUGUGGGUGCUUUCCUGAUGAUCGGCGAGAGAACGGAUGUCGGUUACCCUUUCGUGAUCGACUUCGGCGAUCCACGAUGGGGCAGCAGGUUCGUAGGAUAUGUUCGUAAACAUGGCCGACCUCACGGUCCAUUAGGCAUGGACUAUUUUGUGUAUGCAAGGAAUAAGUUCCCGAAGAUUCCACCUUUUCUUGUCGGGCGGAUAAGGUGGGAUAACUGGAUAGUGGCGUAUUUCAAUGGCCAUCCGGCGGCCGUGUCCAUAGAUUGCACGGAAGUGAUCUUCGCCGUCCACCAAAAUCACAUGAAGGUGGGAGGGAGUCACCUGAGAGAAGGGACGGAUCACAACACACGCCUGACUGUAGGGGCGUUCAAGAGGGACCCCAAAUUGACAGGUACUCUCGCUGACGUAGACUUCCGUCUGGUCGGCACAGUGGCUGGCAAAAUUGUGCCCUAUGUCGGUGGUGGAGGGGGAGGCGAUGCAGCAGCAGCAGGAGGAGGACAGGUUUCCGCAGUUGAUGUCUCUGCCUGGUUCAAACCAUGGGGUAAUGUCGGUCACCACCAUCUCUCCUCCUCGUCCUCCUCCUCCUUGUUCACUUCUUCUUCUUCUUCUUCCUCCUCCUCCUCCUCCUCCUACACCUCUUUGUCUGCUGAGCAUGGCCGACCGACCUGCCCCAACUGCUGGCUGGAACGCAACGACCAGUCGCUGGACGUGCUCCUUAUGAGGCAAGCUCGCAACGACACCAUCAUCAUCGCCACCGUGACCGCCGGCUAUCUCGACUUCGCUCUCAAUUGGGUCUGCUUCUUGCAGAGGGUGAACCUUACCAAUUUCCUGCUCCAUGCAGCCGAGCCUGACGUGCACGAUAGCCUGCGAGAGAGGGGCCUCCCGUCCUUCUUGUACCAAGAGGAUGCUUUCGAGAAGUCCAGCGAGACUUAUCGCAAAGAAGGCCCCAUCGACUACGGCACUGUGGAGUAUCAGGCGUUGAUGUACUCCCGGACUUGUUUCAUUAACAAGAUCCUGCGGAAAAACUACAGCGUCCUGCUGUGCGACCUUGACGUGCUCUUCCUCCGGAACCCUUUCCCAUUUUUCGACCCCUCACUCGACAUUCAGGGGGCCAAACAUAAGGAGAAAAAGAUCUCUGGGGGGUUCAUCUUCUUCAGAGCCACGGACUUGACCAUCUCCUUGUGGAGUAAAGUCAUAUGGCAGCACAAGCAGAUCUAUCGCAAGAUCCUGAACAUGACCAAGUUCGAUCCACAUUCCAUGACCGAGCAAGAAGUAACCAAUAUGUACCUUCUCAACAAUAGCACCAAAGGAUUGCGCUGGGGCCAGAUUCCCGUCCAUAUCGUCGCUGACGGCAAGCGGUUCUUCAUAGACAAGGAGACCCAGAAGCGAGGCGAGUGGCCUGCAGCUCUGCACAAUAACUUCAUUAUCGGGCAUGGAAGAAAGAAGAGGCGCUUUGUUAAGGUUGGGCUAUGGGUGCUGGAUGACAAUGAGAAGUGCCAGAAAUUCCCAGCAGAUCCUUUCCUUCCUCCCGCGGACUCGUCCAAACUCUCAUAUGCGAUAAAGAUCCUUUGCUACAACCGCCCAGAACAUCUGUCCAAUUUGCUCAGUGCACUUCUAGCCGCUGACUACUCUGCUUUCAAUGGGCGUGUAUCUUUGGAUAUCUUCAUUGAUUACCCUGACGAAGAAGACGCAAAGAAUGCAACCAUCGUUGCAAGACGUGAGGAGUGCGUUACGAUUGCCAGGUCCUUUCCCUGGCCUGCAGACCGUGGUGAACUUCGUGUCAUCCCCAGGUCUGUGCAUAUGGGCUUGGCUGGACAAUGGCUUACCUCCUGGUUUCCUACGUGUGACACAGAGGUGGCGAUGGUGCUCGAAGAUGAUAAUGUUGUUGCUCCACAGUUCUUCCAGUGGCUUCAUUCCGCUGUGCGGCGGUACUUCCUCGAUCCGGCCGAGCAUGAUUCACGUUUGUAUGGGAUCUGCAUGCAGUCUCAGCAUAUGAUUCCCGGAAAGAAUGUGUAUGGAAAGAAAACCUGGGAGUUGCUUCCACCUGGGACCACAUUCUUCCGCUAUCAGCAGCCAAGCACGUGGGGACCAGUCUUCUUCGCAAAGCAGUGGGCGGAGUUCGUAAGUUGGUAUAACAGCAAGACAGAGGACCCGGAUUUCAACCCUUACUUCAGCAACAUGAUUACGAACGAGUGGUUCAUGAAAAGAGGUGGUGGAAGAGGGGUGUGGAGUGCCUGGUGGAUGCGAUUCAUUGCCGAAAGGGGGUGGUAUGGCCUGUACACCAACUUUCCGAAUCAAAUGGCAUUGGUAGUGAAUAAGCGAGCCGCAGGAGUGAACUUUCCGAGAGACCUCGGAGAUAACUCUCCCAUGGUGGAAGGUCAGCUCGCUCCGUACAUGACAGAUUUUCCAUCAUUGAGAGAUCUCCCACUAUUCGACUUCCAUUUCAACCAGAUAAUGGAGGAUCCGUCCAUCCUCGAGGGUCGGGGAGUGUACAGCGACUUCUACAAUGUUGACACAGAGUCCGAGGUUGCCUAAAGUGACUGUGUCUCACUACCAAAAGAACCCUUACAACAUCAUUGAUUCGAAUUGCCACUUCCUGCGGAGAGGAGGGGGAUUGUAGCAGCUGCACUUGGUUGGACAUGGGUGGCGGUUGAGUCCUGCCCCUCCAUCACACAUACACGCCAUAAGAAAACUUGUGCUUGGCAUGUCCCGGCAGUUUUACAAACUUUUUUUUUUUUUUUUUCUUUUGACAAUUUUCCUCGUUCCUUUUCUGUAGUUUCCUCGCAGAUUGGCAGUACACACCGCCGUUGAAGUCCGUGACGCUUCAGGAGUCCUUUACCACUCAGCUGUGAUGAUCUGUCCACCACUUCAUCUUAGGUUGCUCGCUAGCUUUGCGCUUUUGGGCACCAUUUAUCCGUGUUGCCGUUCUGCACAUGAGCCUCCCCUUUUCCCCUUUUUGCUCCCUUUGCUCCUCCCUUCGUCUUUCCUUCUGUAUGUAUUGCAGUUCCACGCCAGCAAUCUCAUCUCCGUGCCAAUCUGGGAAGUGCAAAGGGCAGAAGACAUGCCUCCACUGUCCAUCAUAAUUUGGAAGUGGCGCUGUAGCCUCCUUCCAUUCCUGUGGUUAGGCUAAUUGAGCUGGUCUUUUGCAGUUCUUUUCUUUCCUUUGGAGUUUAUUUCAUUUAUACGCUUGUUCAUCCUCGUUUUGGUACGUUAGCAUGCACUGAGUUAAGUUCAGAUAGUUCCACUGGUACUGGCACUCAGCACCGCAAGUCCCGGUCAUUGUACAGUGAUUCAUCAGCAAUGAUUCUUAACCGACAGGCCUAGCGCAGUCGGUACACCCCUUGGAACUGUUGAAAUACAGACCCAAGUUUGAAUCCCGACGAGUGAGAUGCAACAAUUCUGAAGUACCUGGGCCAGUCAGUUUGAUGAUGGUAUCUCAAGGCUGUCGCCCUUUUAAGGAAGAAAAAAGAGAGAGGAAAGAGAAAGAAAGCACAAUGGUUCUUCGGCCAGUGGUCGCCCACCACAGUGACAACCCUCUUCAAGAUUCCCUGCCGGCUCAUUUUUUGUUUGUUUGGUUUUCCUUUGUUUAAGCAUUUGUAGAUCAAUGAAUCAUGGGAGCAGUCUUGCUAGUCAGCGUCAGUUUUUCCCUCCAAAGGCGUUCUGUAUAAGGCGCGCUUUGACUGCAGGCUUGCAGUCCUUGCAAGUCAUAAUUGACUAUUAGAUUUGCAAGUCCAGCAAUGGUCGAAGCACCCACAAGUGAUGGGUGACCAGUAAUUGUCCUGCUGACUGGAAUAACAUUUUGAUCACUGUUUUUUAAUUCUGAAAUAAAGUUGUUCGGAACUC